AUGAUGGAACUAAGGAGGCUCCGAGAAAAGGACGCUCACGAAUUAUCAGUUCUAAGGAAGGAAAACGCAGAACUCCGAAGUGACAAUCGAUCUUGGCACCCAUCCCACGAUAUCCCAAAUACUCUGUCAACUAAGGACCAAGGGGAGUCUUCGGGGUGGUACAAAGAAACAAGAGAUCUUAGACCCCCACCAGGAGUGACAACUACUACUCUCGACCAGCAACGAAGACAAGGAAGGACGCCGUUCACACCAGAUAUUGUCGGGGCCCGUUUGCCCGACAAUUGGAAAAACUUGACCCUGGAGAAGUAUGACGGGACUGCCGACCCGGAGGAACACCUUGAUGCAUUUGUCACCCAGGUCGGUCUAUACACGGAUGAUGAUGUUAUCCUCUGCAAAGUCUUUCCCACUUCGCUAAAGGGACCGACACUCAACUGGUUCACGAGGCUCCCACCUGGAUCGGUGGACUCGUUCACGUCCCUAUCAUCCCGGUUCGUGAUACAGUUUGCCACGAGCCGUCCUCAUCAGCUCACAUCAAUCGCGUUGGUCAAUAUACGCCAAGAAAAGAAAGAACCUCUGAGAACUUUUAUGGAAAGGUUCGGAAAGAUGACGUUAUCCAUCCGCAACCUGGACCCGGCCGUAGCAAUGCAUCACCUGACCACGGCGUUACGACCCGGACCCUUUGUCAACAGCUUAUGCAAGAAGCCACCCCGAGACCUAGACGACCUGAGGCAGAGAGCCACAAAAUACAUGCAGAUGGAGGAACUGGCCGAGUUUCGGAGUCAAAACCGACCCGACCUAUUUCUCGCGAAAAAAGAAAGUGACAAGGAACCGCCCAGAUCACGCCCCAGAGACGUGUCGGAUCGUGACAAGGGUAAUAGGGGGCCGAGAUAUAUGCAGUACACGCCGCUCAACACCAGCAGGGCUAAGGUGUUGGAACAGGCCCUAGCCAUUGAAGUCCUGGCCGUCCCCCGAAGAGCCAUGACCCCGCCGCGCGCCGAUAAAACAAAAGCAUGCCAGUUCCACCGGAAUAGAGGGCACACUACUGAGGAGUGUUCCGCCCUUCGGGAUCGAAUUGAAGACCUUAUUAAGGCCGGACAUCUUCAAAGCUUUGUUCGAUCAUCAGACAACCGCAGGAACGAUAAUCGUCCUGGUAGGGGGGAGUACAGAAGGGAGAAUCGGGAUCAGGCACCUCCGCGGAACCAAUCCCGCGAGCGUAGCAGGUCCCAAGACAGGAACAAUCAACGGGACCGCAAUCAACCUAGACGAGUGAUAAACACCAUUGCCGGAGGCUUCGCAAGAGGAGGAAGCUCAUCCUCAGCCCGGAAGAGACACUUGAGGGCCAUCACGUCGGUCAACGCUAUAGGACGGGCAUCCCCCAUUCGUAUGCCCCCCAUAACAUUCACCGACCGAGACUUUCAAGGCAUUGACCCAAUACAAGGCGAUCCCAUGGUCAUCAAUGUAGAGAUCAAUAACUGUAUCGUGAAGAAGACUCUGGUCAAUCAGGGAUUUUCGGGUGAACGGGUGGACACUCGGGGAACGAUAGACCUGUACACCUACUUCGGGGAUGACCAGCGUAGGCGGAUCAAGGUGCGCUACGUGGUUGUGCAUGCCAACACUUCGUACAACAUUCUGUUGGGCCGACCCUCUCUGAACAGACUCCGAGCCAUCGUAUCCACCCCACAUUUGACUAUGAAGUUUCCGUCAGAGGAAGGGGCCGUCAUCACCGUGCAUGCCGAUCAGAAAACAGCACGCGAGUGUUACUUCGCCAGUCUAAAAGUACAGCCAACUCUAAAACCAAGACGAGAUGUCAAUGUUAUCGGAGAUGUUGGCCAAUAG